UUCGACCGAACAACUCUGUUUGGCAUGUUAUUUGUGUAAGCAAAACAAAAUGCCAACAAAUGGCCACAAAUACAGCAUUUUGCUGCCAACAUACAAUGAGAAAGACAAUUUGCCAAUUAUUAUAUGGCUUAUUGUGAAAUAUAUGAAAGCUAGCGGCUACGAGUACGAGGUGAUUGUUAUUGACGAUGGCAGUCCGGAUGGCACAUUGGACGUGGCUAAGGAUUUGCAGAAGAUCUAUGGCGAGGAAAGAAUUGUCUUACGUCCGCGCGCAGGCAAGCUCGGCCUAGGCACAGCCUACGUUCACGGAAUUAAACACGCCACCGGCGACUUUAUUAUUAUCAUCGACGCCGAUUUGAGUCAUCAUCCCAAGUUCAUACCCGAGUUCAUAAAGCUGCAAGAGUCUGGCGACUAUGACAUCGUUUCCGGCACACGAUAUGCCGGAAACGGCGGCGUUUACGGCUGGGAUUUUAAACGCAAGCUCAUCUCGCGCGGUGCCAAUUAUUUGUCCCAAGUGCUCUUGCGACCCAAUGCCAGCGAUUUGACGGGCUCAUUUCGGCUGUAUAAGAAACCGGUACUGGAGAAGUGCAUAGCCAGCUGUGUAUCAAAGGGCUACGUCUUCCAAAUGGAAAUGUUGGUACGGGCUCGCCAGCAUAACUUCAGCAUUGCCGAGGUGCCGAUAUCCUUUGUGGAUCGCAUUUACGGCACUUCCAAGCUGGGCGGCACGGAGAUCAUUCAGUUCGCCAAGAAUUUGCUGUAUUUAUUCGCCACAACCUGAGCAGAAAUUACAACAGACGAGAACAACAAUAAAGCUAUAUACAGAGAUGACUUAAUGAAA